AUGUACAAAGGAGUGGAUGGUACUAGGUGGUGGUGUUGCUCCUCUCUAUACUGGCACGCUAUUGACUCUUAUGGGCUAAACCCAACUCUACCGUGUAGUGGGAAGCAGGCAGGGCUUGUUGUAAGGAUUCAGCAAAAGUUGGCUAAACGAGAAGCUGGAACCAUAGAUAGAAGUCAGGACGUAGCUCGGUUACAAGAGUUCUACAAGAGUUACAGAGAGAAGAAUAAUGUGGAUAAAUUACGCGAGGAAGAAAUGAAGUUGAGGGAAUCUGGUGCUUUUAGCCGGGAUCUUGGCGAGUUGGAGCGCAAGACUGUGAAGAGGAAAAGGGUUUUUGCUACCUUAAAGGUAUUGGGAACUGUACUUGAGCAGCUGAGUGAAGAAAUUCCGGAUGAGCUGAAGCGGGUUAUGGACUCAGAUUCUUCAUUGACAGAGGAUCUGAUUGCAUACAACAUCAUCCCCUUAGAUGCUUCUUCUUCAACAAAUGCUAUUGUUUAUUUACCUGAGGUGCAAGCAGCAGUUUCAGCUUUGAAGUAUUUCAAUGGCUUGCCGGAGUUGCCCAGGGGAGAUUUCAUUCCUCCAUCGAGGAACAAUAACUUGUUCGACUUUUUGCAGUAUACUUUUGGAUUUCAGAAAGAUAAUGUAGCUAAUCAGCAUGAACACAUAGUUCACCUGCUUGCAAAUGAGCAAUCUCGUCUUAGAAUUCCAGAUGCAGCUGAACCUAAAUUGGAUGAAGCUGCUGUGCAGGCAGUCUUCCUCAAGUGCCUUCAGAAUUACAUUAACUGGUGUAACUAUUUACGCAUUCAGCCUGUUUGGAGCAGUUUGGAGGCUAUCAGUAAAGAGAAAAAAUUGUUAUAUGUUUCUUUGUACUUCCUAAUAUGGGGUGAAGCUGCAAAUAUCAGGUUUCUAGCAGAAUGCUUGUGCUACAUAUUCCAUCAUGUUAAGCUGAUUAGGGAUAUGGACUCUCAAAAUAUUGUGAUUUUGGCUAAGGUUAAACUGAUUAGGGAUAUGAACUCUCAAGAUAUUGUGAUUUUUGUUAAGGUUAAACUGAUUAGGGAUAUGGACUCUCAAGAUAUUGUGAUUUUGGUUAAGAUGGCCAGAGAGAUGGAUGAGAUUUUAAGACAGCAGAUUGCACAGCGAGCUAAAAGUUGCACGGAUGAUUCUAAGGAUGGUGUCUCAUUUCUUGAUAAUGUUAUCUUUCCUCUCUAUGAUAUUGUUUCCGCCGAAGCUGCAAACAAUGAUAAUGGGAAAGCUCCCCAUUCAUCCUGGAGAAAUUAUGAUGAUUUUAACGAGUAUUUCUGUGGUGCACAGUAUUCUACUGUUAGCCAGAUACUAGAGAGGUUUGGAAUGGCUGUGAAACAGGAAUUGAUGCACAAUAGCAAUGGAUUGUUUAUUUGUAGGGAUGUUUGGUUAAGAAAAUGCUUGUUUCUGGCAGCAUUCUCAUCUGCAGAUUUUAGCACUGAACUUAUGUUUUUCCUCUUCAGACUUCUAAGUUAUGGCCUAGCCAUCCUUGCAUUCAAUAAUGGAAAGUUUAAUGCUAAGACUUUGCGAGAGGUUCUUAGUCUUGGACCUACAUUUGUUGUGAUGAAAUUUUUUGAGAGUGUUCUGGACAUUUUCAUGAUAAAAGCACUCCAGGAAGAGAGUAAAACAAAUGCAAACUCGGUUGUUUUCAGAUUGUAUGUUAUUAUCAUAGGGAUUUAUGCUGGUGUCCAAGUUUUUAUUAGUUUCCUCAUGCGGAUACCAGCAUGUCAUCGUCUAACAAAUCAAUGUGAUAGUUGGCCUUUAAUUCGGUUUGUGAAGUGGCUGCGCCAGGAGCGACAUUAUGUGGGACGGGGAAUGUAUGAAAGAAGUUCAGAUUUCAUAAAGUAUCUGCUGUUUUGGCUUGUUGUUUUGAGUGCAAAAUUUUCGUUUGCCUACUUUCUUCAGAUCAGGCCACUGGUUGACCCAACAAGGGCUAUUAUAAAAGAGGAUAAUUUAGUUUACUCUUGGCAUGAUUUUGUCUCUAAAAAUAAUCAUAAUGCUUUGACACUUGUAAGCGUAUGGGCUCCUGUGUUUGCUAUUUACCUUCUAGAUAUUUAUCUAUUUUACACAGUAGUAUCGGCUGUCUGGGGAUUCUUGUUGGGUGCAAGAGAUAGACUGGGAGAGAUUAGGUCAUUGGAAGCACUGCACAAACUUUUUGAGCAGUUUCCUGGAGCUUUUAUGGGCACACUUCAUGUUCCUCUAUCCAACAGGAGUUCCCCGCAGUCUUCUGUUCAGGUUGUGGAAAAUAGCAAGGUUGAUGCUGCUCGGUUUGCCCCCUUUUGGAAUGAGAUCAUAAGAAAUCUACGGGAGGAGGAUUAUGUAACUAACUUGUCAAUAUUUUUGGCUAGGGAUAUUGCUGUUGAGAGUAAAGAUACUCAAGAUGAGCUUUGGGGUAGGAUUUCCCGGGAUGAUUAUAUGAAGUAUGCUGUUCAGGAGUGUUACUAUGCUAUUAAAUUCAUUUUGACAGAAAUAUUAGAUGAUGUGGGAAGGAAGUGGGUUGAAAGGAUAUAUGAUGAUAUUAAUGCUAGUAUCACAAAGGGGGAUAUACAUUUGCACAUCAAUCUAAAUAAGUUAGCUCUUGUGAUAUCAAGAGUAACUGCAUUGAUGGGGAUCCUGGGUACCCUUGACCGCGAACUGGUUCUUCAACCAGCUCCUAACAGUGAUGCUAAGUGGACAUCAAAAGAAACUGAAACAACUGAACUGGAAAGGGGUGCUGUUAGGGCAAUCCAGGAUCUUUAUGAUGUUAUGCGACUUGAUGUCUUUUCUGUAGAUAUGAGGGAGAAUUAUGACACAUGGAGUAUACUGACAAAAGCUAGGGAUGAAGGACAUUUGUUUGAAAAGUUGAAGUGGCCCAAGAAUACAGAUUUAAAAAUGCAAGUCAAAAGAUUGUAUUCUCUGCUGACCAUCAAAGAAUCUGCCUCAAGCAUUCCUAAAAAUCUUGAGGCCAGGCGACGACUACAAUUUUUCACAAACUCACUUUUUAUGAAGAUGCCUCGUGCAAAACCAGUUCGAGAGAUGUUAUCCUUUAGCAUGAAUGAACUCCUAAAGAAAAAUGAGGAUGGAAUUUCAAUUUUGUUCUACCUUCAGAAGAUAUAUCCUGAUGAAUGGAAAAACUUUCUGGCUAGAAUUGGCCGUGAUGAAAAUGCCCUUGAGAAUGAUCUUUAUGAUAAUGCUAGUGAUAUUCUUGAGCUGCGGUUUUGGGCUUCAUAUAGGGGGCAAACAUUGGCCAGAACAGUUCGGGGUAUGAUGUAUUAUAGGAAAGCUCUUAUGCUUCAGACCUAUUUGGAGAGGAUAACAAGCGGAGAUUUGGAGGCUGCAGUUGGUUAUGAUGAAAUAACUGAUACACAUGGCUUUGAAUUAUCCCCUGAGGCACGUGCUCAGGCAGAUCUUAAGUUCACUUAUGUUGUGACAUGUCAAAUUUAUGGUAAGCAGAAGGAGGAGCAAAAGCCUGAGGCGGCUGAUAUUGCUUUACUUAUGCAAAGAAAUGAGGCUCUUCGGAUCGCAUUCAUUGAUGUUGUUGAAACAUUGAAAGAGGGAAAAGUGAACACAGAAUACUACUCAAAGCUUGUGAAAGCUGAUAUCAAUGGGAAAGACAAGGAGAUAUACUCGGUGAAGUUACCAGGAAAUCCCAAAUUGGGCGAAGGGAAGCCCGAGAACCAAAAUCAUGCUAUUAUAUUUACACGUGGAAAUGCAGUCCAAACAAUUGACAUGAAUCAGGAUAACUAUUUUGAGGAGGCUUUGAAGAUGAGGAACCUUCUUGAAGAAUUUCAUUCUGAUCAUGGGCUUCGUCCUCCUACUAUUCUUGGUGUUAGAGAACAUGUCUUUACUGGAAGUGUCUCGUCUUUAGCGUCAUUUAUGUCCAAUCAAGAAACUAGUUUUGUGACUAUGGGGCAGCGGGUUUUAGCAAAUCCAUUGAAGGUCCGGAUGCACUAUGGGCAUCCUGAUGUUUUCGAUAGAAUUUUUCACAUAACCCGUGGUGGUAUCAGCAAGGCUUCCCGUGUUAUCAACAUUAGCGAAGAUAUAUAUUCAGGAUUCAAUUCAACCUUACGUCAAGGAAAUGUUACACAUCAUGAAUAUAUUCAGGUUGGUAAGGGACGAGAUGUUGGGCUCAAUCAAAUUGCACUAUUUGAAGGAAAAGUUGCAGGCGGUAACGGUGAACAAGUUCUCAGUCGUGAUGUAUACAGACUUGGGCAGCUGUUUGAUUUUUUCAGGAUGAUGUCUUUUUAUUUUACAACCGUUGGAUACUACUUUUGUACCAUGCUAACAGUGCUGACUGUAUAUGCCUUUCUUUAUGGGAAAGCAUAUCUGGCACUAUCUGGUGUUGGUGAAACCAUUGAAGAAAGGGCUAGGAUAACUAAUAAUACUGCACUGAGUGCCGCAUUGAAUACACAAUUUCUCUUUCAAAUUGGUAUCUUCACUGCCGUGCCAAUGAUCUUGGGCUUCAUUCUUGAGCAAGGUUUCUUGAGGUAUCAAGCAACUGGCCGUGGGUUUGUUGUUCGUCAUAUCAAAUUUUCAGAGAACUACAGACUCUACUCUCGCAGUCAUUUUGUUAAAGGGUUGGAGGUUGCACUGUUGUUGAUAGUGUAUCUUGCUUAUGGCUAUAAUGAAACUGCACUCUCGUAUAUUCUUCUGAGUAUAAGCAGUUGGUUUAUGGCUCUAUCUUGGUUGUUUGCACCAUAUCUAUUCAACCCAUCUGGAUUUGAGUGGCAAAAGGUGGUGGAAGACUUCCGAGAUUGGACAAAUUGGCUACUUUACCGUGGUGGAAUAGGUGUUAAGGGAGAAGAAAGCUGGGAAGCUUGGUGGGAAGAAGAACUGGCUCAUAUCAGGAGCUUAGGUUCAAGGAUAGCUGAAACUAUUCUGAGCCUUAGAUUUUUCAUCUUUCAAUAUGGGAUUGUGUACAAGCUUAACGUGAAAGGAACAAGUACUUCAUUGACGGAUGAAGGCCCGGAGGACCAAAUUCUCCCUGCCAAUGCCGUCUACCCCUUGAACUAUGCCUUUGCUGUCCUUUGUCUUGUGGUUUAUGGACUUUCAUGGGUAGUUCUGGCCGUGCUCAUAAUUCUUUUCAAGGUAUUUACAUUCAGCCAGAAGAUAUCGGUCAAUUUCCAGCUUCUUUUGCGCUUUAUACAAGGAGUCUCCCUUUUGUUGGCACUGGCUGGUUUAGUUGUAGCAGUUAUACUGACAGACCUGUCUUUACCUGACAUAUUUGCUUCUAUGUUGGCUUUCAUUCCUACUGGAUGGGGAAUUUUGUCUAUUGCUGCGGCAUGGAAGCCUCUGAUGAAGAGUCUAGGACUAUGGAAAUCUGUUCGAUCAAUUGCUCGACUAUAUGACGCUGCCGGUCACCACCAACCCUCGCCUUUGAGCCACCAACAUCAACUCGGUGAAGUUUUCACUGUUCAUCGCGAUAAACUGUGA